AAUUUUUGUCACAGUGAGCGAGUCGUAUCGGAAUCAAUGCUUUUGCAGGACACGCGUGGCGCACAUCAAAGAGCCAUCUCUUUGAGGUUCUCAUCCCAGCCGAUCCUCACACGACGAGAAUGAGUCUUGCAACCUUCGUUACCGUGGACGUGUUCACACGGCAAAAAUAUGCGGGGAACCAGCUAGCCAUCGUCCACGUACCUGCUGAGGGGCUGACCCAGGACCAGAAACAAGCCAUCGCUCGAGAAUUUGGCUACUCCGAGACAACGUUCGUCCAUCCUCAAAAGGACGGGGGCAAGAACGAAUGGGUCGUGGACAUCUUUACUCUUGAUCAAGAGCUGCCUUUCGCCGGCCAUCCCACCAUUGGCACGGCCAUUCAUCUGCUUUCGCCUUUGGCCGGCCACGGUGCGCGCACCGUGUCUGGCUCAUUCAACUUGAAAGCAGGCCCGGUGCAGUUGACAUAUGAUGCGAUUGAAAAGACGGCAGAGGCGGCUAUUCCGCACAAUGUUCAUGUCCAUAAAGCUCGGUACAGCAGCACAGAGCUGAUGAAGCUCCAGCCCAAAGUGGGCAGGCUACCCGAUCAAUCCCCAGUCGUCUCCAUCGUCGCAGGCAUGACGUACGUCCUGGCCGAGCUCGACUCUCUCGAUUCUCUUACCUUUGUCAACCCAACACCGUAUCCGAUCGAACCCCAACUGGACGGUGGCAGGAACGAGUCCUUCGUCGGAUGCUAUUUCUACGUGCUGCAGUCAGACGAUGUUGGAGACGGGGUCAUUCGUCUGCGGACUCGCAUGAUUGAAAGCUGUGUGGGGGAGGAUCCUGCCACUGGAAGCGCAGCAUGCACGCUGGCUUGCUACUUAGCAAUGCAACAGCGCAAGCCUGGGACAACAUCACGCUACAAGAUUACACAAGGUGUUGAAAUGGGUCGCAGGAGCGAGAUCGGCGUAGUCGUCACCACGGAUACCAGUGGGAAAAUCCAAUCAGUGCGUCUCAGUGGCGCGGCCGUAAAGGUACUGGAAGGGAAAUUGUCGUUGUGAUCGACUUCUCCGCCUUGAGAAUCGAAAUUCUUCACUUCGAGAAAAUAUUGACAGCUCAGCAAGCCUCGGUUAUGCGAGCUACACGUCUAGUGGCUAUCUUCAGCAUCAUCUGGAGGCGGGUCAAUCACCGCUCCGACAAUAGAACCCGGAGCUAUGUGGCUUGCAUGAGUCAACACAGGAGGUCCGAGAAGGACCAUGCGAGCGUCGUUGAAAGGAGUUCGCUGUAAAUGGUCAAUGGUACUGAGGUGCCCAAUUUCUGCAUGCAGCAUUAUCUGCACUCUUCAGCACACGUCUUCGAUAUUCCAUCGUCCGUCCGUGCCAAAGAUUGCUUUUUCCUGUAUUCACGUUGACCGCCGCAAAAAUAGCCACGCCUAGGCGUACAAGUAGUGCUUCGGAAAAUUUUUUUUCAAAGUGGCUUCUCGCUAUAUCACCCU